GUCAAAUUAAUUUUCUGUUUGUGAGAAGGUGAAGUUCAACAAAUUAUUAAGAGUAAAAAAUCUGUUCGAAUAAUUAGAACAAAAAGAUCGUCAUGAGCGAAUUGAGGAAACGCGGAAAGUCCGAAUUAAACAACGAGUCUUUCGUGGAAGAUUUGUCCGACAUCGGGGACACAUUGAGCACACCACAAGCAGUACCGAUAAUUUUGGCCAAUAACGAUCAUAGUUUCAAGCUUGACGAAGAAGCCCUAAAAAAAGUUUUAUUAAAAGACGAACUCAAAGACCGAUACGUUGUAGUUGUGUCAGUGGCUGGAGCUUUUAGACAUGGAAAAUCAUUUUUACUUGAUUUCUUUCUUCGUUACAUGAAUUCAAAGUAUGUUCAAAAACAAAAUAUAUCCGAUUGGAUAGGAUCGGAAGAUGCUCCAUUAACCGGUUUUUCGUGGAAGGGGGGUUCUGAAAGGGAUACCACUGGUAUUUUGAUGUGGUCUGAGGUGUUCCUAACCGAGCUUGCCACAGGAGAGAAGGUUGCUAUAAUUCUGUUGGAUACCCAAGGGACAUGGGACAGUAAAAGUACAGUAAAAGAAUGUGCUACAAUUUUUGCAUUAAGUACAAUGAUCAGUUCUGUGCAAAUUUAUAAUUUGUCCACUAAUAUACAGGAGGAUGAUUUGCAGCAUUUACAGCUUUUUACGGAAUACGGCCGAUUGGCUUUGGCCGAUUCCGGCAAGACGCCCUUCCAACGUCUCCAGUUCUUGGUGAGGGACUGGCGAUUCCCUUACGAAGCUCCAUAUGGUGCUGUGGGAGGUCAACAGAUACUGACCAAUCGGCUGGAGGUCAGCGACAAUCAGCAUCCCGAGCUGCAAUCGCUCAGGAGGCACAUCAGGGCUUGCUUUUCCGAGAUCGCCUGUUUUCUGAUGCCCCAUCCAGGGAAUAAGGUGGCCACGAGCCCUACGUUUGACGGCAGACUGUCAGAAAUCGAUCAAGAAUUCAAGGACAACCUGAGGAUUUUAGUACCAAUGCUGUUGGCGCCGGAAAAUCUGGUUUUGAAGAAGAUCAACGGGGAGAAGGUGAAGGUGCGCGAUUUCGUGCAGUACUGCAAGUCGUACAUGCAGAUCUACGAGGGGAACGAGUUGCCCGAACCCAAGUCUAUGUUGGUGGCAACCGCGGAGGCGAACAAUCUGGCAGCGGUGGCCGACGCCAAGGACGUCUACAUCCAGCUGAUGGAGGACGUGUGCGGCGGUGCCAAACCGUACUAAACGGAAGCUAUCGAGACCGAACACAGGAAGGUCAAGGACAAGGCCAUCGAACAAUUCAACAAGAAGAAGAAGAUGGGAGGGGACGAAUUCAGUGCCAUGUACAAGGACCAAUUGGAAAAGGACAUCGAAGAGACGUUCCUCCAGUUCAAGUCCCACAACGAGAGCAAAAUAUCUUUCAAGUCGGCGCGAACGCCCGCGGUGUUUUUCGCGCUGGCCGUCUUCUUCUACGUCACGUCCGGCCUGUUCGGCCUUUUCGGCCUCUACUCCCUGGCCAACCUGUGCAAUUUGGGCAUGGCCGUGGCCUUCAUCACCCUAAUGGUGUGGUCCUACGUCAGAUAUAGUGGAGAAUUAAGAGAAGUGGGGGUAGCGAUCGACGAAACUGCCAAUUUUAUUUGGGAAAAUCUAAUGAAAACCGUCGUCCAAGGUUUCGUCGAGUCCGGUAUGCAGCAAAUGGCUGUCGAAGUAGCUGAGAGGACGGCCGUCAACGCCACGCGAAUGGCCCUCAACGGCAAGAGCAAGUCGUCAUGAUUCCGACGGCGACAGCGUUGCCGUCCGCCGCUAGCUUCAAGGAACACAGUCCUCGUUGUACAGCUGUUGUAUAUACAUAUAUGUAGGUGACUUUAACCAUGUUUUUAUCCAUUAUACUUUAUGUGAUAUACAUUAGCAAUGUUGGUAUAAUAUUAGUUUUUUUUUAUUUAUUUUUAUUAUUGUUACUACACACGUUUUUUUAAAAAAAAGGUUAUUUGUUAUUUUUUAUACUACUAAACCACUAACGCAAAUAAAACAACACAGAUUUUACGUGUAAAUUUUUUGUGUUUUUUUCUUUAAAUUUGGAUUGGACAUUUUUUUCAAAAUAAAUUUUAAAGUGUUGUGAUAUGAUCGCUUCCAUUUUGAUGCAGUUUAUCUUAAGAUCGGUUCAAACAGAAAAUUUAAUUGAAUAAAAAUAAUAUUGCUUAGUUAUUUUUGGGUAAAAAAUUUCAGUAUAAUAUACAGGUUGAGUCAACAAUAAAGUUCAUUAUCUCGUUUAUUUUGGGAAUUAUGAAAAAAUGUUACCUACAAAAGUUAUAGGGAAGAUUAAGAUACACGAUUUAAAAUUAUUUUUGAGCAUACAGGGUGCUUCGUAAAGUGUGACGGAUAUAAGAUUUUUUUAAAUUUUCUUUCGAUUCUGAGUGAUAUUCUAUAUUUUUUUUGUAUAUAAUGUUACACAUCUAAAUUUAGUAUUUUUUUUUAAUUUUUCAAUUUAAAAAAAAAUGUUAAAUUUCAGUAUGUUAAAAAAUUGUGGUACUAUCAUUUGUAAAGUGGGAGUACUCAAAUUUGGUAGGAACGUUUUAUAGAGAUGAAGAAAAAGGUAUUUGUAAAGAUAUUUGAGUUUUUACAGGGCGGUCAAAAUACAUUUAUGAAUUCCGACUAUUUAAAAUGAUAAAAUCUUAAUUUUUUUAAACGACACCCUAUAUAUUAUUAGUUUUUCUGAUAUAUUUUUAAAACCCUUCAACUUUUAUUAAGUAUGUUAUAUACCUAUUUUUAAUAGUUUGCGAUUUUUUAUAAUUCUACACAAAAUCUGCAUUUUUGUUAUUUUUAUUUAAUUUUUUUUCUGUUUGAACCAAUACUUAACCGAAUUUUUUGUCUUGUGAACUGUUUUAGGCCAUAUAUUUGUAUGUUUAGCGUUGUUAUCGUUCGAGAUUUGCCAAAAAUGUACCUGAUGAUUUUUGUUCACUUUUUGUCUUGUCUCACUUUUUUAUACCACCAGACUGUUCUAAAAAUUUCUAUUAUAUUUUUUAUUACAUUCUAUAGUGCUAAGCAUUUUUUAGUUUUUUUUUCGUAAACUUGCACGUUAUUUUUGCCAAAACAUUAUAGUAAUUUUUUUAUAAAAAACGUUCAACACUGAAAAUCAUAUUUAUAUUUUGGUUGUUCUCUCAUAUAAUUUUUAACUCUGCAUAAUUCAGGAAAAAGGUAAUUCUAUACAACCGAGAAAAAAAAAACGGCGUCAGAGUUGGCUUUGAAAUGAAUAGUUUGCUGUCACUUUGUAAGUAAAAUUAUAUAGUGAACGUUAUUGAUUGUCAUUUCCAAGCCAACUUGUGUUUUUUAUGAUUUUCGCUUAGCGAAUUUUUCAGAAUAGAUUCUAUAUUUAUUUUAUUUUUUACUUUAAUAAUUUAAUUAGCUUUUUUAAUUGUUUCUUUCAGUGCUUGUUUUUUUUUAAAUAAUUACUAACAUUGCAACCAUUUUUAACACCUAAGUGCCUUUGAAAAUUUUUAUAUUUCUGUUUGAUCAAAAACCAGAAAAUUUUCUGUUUAAACCACCCUAUAUAUUUUAUACAAUUCAUGGCAAUUUUCAACAUUUUUUGAAUCACUUAUUUGUAAAAAAAAUAUCACAUUUUUUUAGUUUCUUUAGUUCAAAAUUGUUUGUUUAUAUGUAUCAAAACGUAACGUAUAUAUAAAAUAAUAAUAGUUAGAAAUUAUUAGGGCAAGUUUAUAUUUAACUAACUGUAGAAAAACAGGUGUUAAAGUAUGUGUAUAUUUGUAAAUUAU